AAUUUUGUGAUAAUUGGCAUAGGAAGAGAUGACAAGCUUAUUGAAGUUAUUCAGAAGCUGUUCUGGAAAGCGACCAUCCAAAAACACUUCCUUUUCCAUACAAAUCAAAGAAAGGUCCAAUUCUUCCUCAACCUCUUCAAAGCACUUCCGCCCAAACUUGGAGGAGAUCAAAUGGGCGUUUGAGAAGUUUGACUCGAACAAGGAUGGAAAGAUCUCAUUUGAGGAGUACAAGGAAGCUCACCGAGGCUUGGCUGGAAGCAAAGAAAUCACAGACGCAGAGGCAGAGAAGUCAUUCAAGCUUGUGGAUGCAGAUGGCGAUGGAUUCGUGGAUUUGAAGGAGUUCGUGGAGCUGUACACGAUGAGCAGCGGGGAAGUGAAGGUGGGUGACAUCGAAAGUGCCUUCAAAGUGUACGAUUCCAAUGGAGAUGGGAAGAUAAGCGCAGAGGAGGUGAUGGGAAUCAUGAAGAUAUUGGGAGAGAACACCACCUUAAAUGCUUGCAAGCAAAUGGUGAAGGGUGUGGACAUGGAUGGGGAUGGCUUCAUUGAUAUUCAAGAGUUUUCUAAGCUCAUGGAUACGUACUCGAGUAAGUUUCAAAAGUAAAGAAGCUAAAACUAUAGUGUUCCGUUUGGUAACCAUUUCAUUUAUUGUUUUAGAAGGAUCAUUUACAUUUUUCUCAAAGUGCUAUAGUUAAUUUCUUACUUAAUUUUCAAAAAGAAAAAAAUAAAAAUAAUAAAAUGGUUAACAAACGAGACCUACACGUACCUCUAGUUACAUGAAUGGAGGUGGAAAACAAAAAUUCUAAGCUAUGUUUGAAGUUUGUAUCCAAUAAUUAGGAGGAUGGUUAUAUUAUAUUGUGGCAAUGUUGAUUAAUGUGCCACUACUAGUCAUUAUGCAAAGUGUAGAUUUGUGAUGUAAUUUUUGUCAAGUUGUCAACAUCUUCAAACGGUGAAGGGUUCGAUGUUGAUAGUGUGAAUUGAAAAUUUCUAUUAUGUAAGAAAAUUGAUGUCAAGAUUACUUUUAUUGA